GUUCUAUGCUGUUAUAGUAUGAUUCUAAUUUUUUUAGCUUUUUUUCUUCCAAUGUCAGAACAAAUUGCUCAGGAAUAUCAUAUGUUUAGGUGAGAGCGAAAUCAUACGCAUUUUGCGUGUGCACAAAAAGGGUCCACUUGCAGAGGAUAGUUAUUAUUCUCUUGUUUGUUGCUUCAAAGGUUUCCCGUGACGAUAGCCGUUUCAGUGGCCACUUUUUAUCGAUAAAGAAGAAACAACGAGACUAGUUAGAAAGGUGGUGCAACGUAGAUGAGACGGCGGCAGCAGCAUCAUCGUCAUCAUCAUCAUCAUCCCUUGCGAGUUAGCAUAAAUCAAGAUGGCAGGGCCCAUCGACACUAGGAAACGUUCUCGCGAGGAAGAACAGAAUGAAUUUAUGCCCCUGUCGAAACGCAUCAACAAUCUGCAUCUUAACAACAACCAGAACAGUAUUGCGGCAGGCGUCGUACUGCCGGAGCAGAUCGGCGGCGCUGGUGGGCCCCACGAUCAUCAGCUGCUUGGGGCGGUCGGUUCGUGCGGAAUGAACAUGCACAACAAUCACCAUCAUCAUCAUCAUCCUCAUCACCAUCACCACCUGCAUCCGCAACACCUGAUGGGAGUUAUGGCCGGUGCCAGCUCGAGCAGUAGCAAUAGUAGUAACAGCAAUGGCAGCAGUAACGGAUCGUUUCCGAUUCCGGCCAACAGUGGAAGCAACAGUCCCGCGUCGACCAUUUCAAUUAACGGCGAAAUCCUGGGCGAUUACUGCCCCGUGCUGAGCGCGGAGGAAAAUCCACACUACUUCACUAAAAAUAAGAUCCUGUACGAGCUGUACGUCGAGCGGAUGAGCCGACUGCAGUGAAUUCCCACCAAAAGAAGAACCAUCGUAGG